GUGGGCACACUAUAUGUGAAAGCGUUUGAUGUGAUCGACGGCAUCGACGAGACGGCGAUUAUAGACACGGAUGAGGAAUGGGAUCACAAUAUAAAUAGAGAUAAAUUUCAAAUUAUUGAUCAAAACUCAACACAACUUAACGAAUCUCAUGUCACCAUAGCUUACGAACAGAGACGUACACCAGAAGGGGACGCAUAUGUGGAGCGGAUGGCCAACGAUUGGAUAACCAAUGGCUCUAAUCUACAGCCCAGUGACUACAAGAAGCUGAACCGAUACCUAAUGCCGCCAAACAAUGUCAGUAUUGUCGGCGACCAGACUAUUGUCAUGACCGACGACGAGACCAUCAGCUCAGAGACCCCUCUAAUGAAUGGCAUUUAUUUCACAUCAUUUACAUCUAAUACCCAUAAUAACGGGAGGACAACACUGCAACACAAAACCCAGAGUACACCCCUGUCUACACCGUUGAGUACACCGGUCUGAUAGAUGUGGUGGACAUCGCAUACCAUUGUCUGGGAUGUGAUGCACACUGUCUUCCAAUAGAAACGAAGAAAAAAAUUAAAUUUAAAUAGAAAGUGAAAAAUAUAUACGAAUUUUCGUCGAAAACUCAUUUUUCUCUUCGUUUGUGUUUCCCAUUGACUAUAAAAAUACACGAUUUGUGCCAAAAGAAAAUCAUCG